AUGACUCAAUUUGAAUAUUUACCAAACGAAUUGAUUAUCAAUCUGUUUGACUAUUUGGAUGAUUACGAUCGUUAUGUAUCGUUCGGUGACCUUAAUCAGCGGUUUGAUCAACUUCUUUUCUGUGUCACACGUUCGUCAUGGUUUACUAUAAAUUUUUCUAAUUUACAACAGUCAAAAUUUCAUAAUGUAUGUAAAUUUAUAAAACCUCAAGACAUUCGUUCUUUAACGCUUUCAAAUUAUCGACAUUCUAUUCUUAUUAAUCAAAUUCCGUUAUUUUUCAAUACUUAUUUUCAGUUGGAUCAAUUGACAUAUUUACAACGUUUAUAUUUGUUCGACAUUGAUGAGAGUCAAUGUCAAUCUUUUUUACCAAACCUUGAACUAUUGCAACAUUUAUCACAUUUGACAUUUAAAUUUCUCACUAUCUCUCGACCCGCUGGAAUAUUGUAUAAUCUGAGUACAAGAUUUUUGUCAUUGAAAACAAUCAAAACAUUGAAGUUCUUAAGCGAUGAAGGAAAAAUUGCGUUUGUUAUGGAUAAAUCGACACCUGCAAUUGUCAUAAAUCACAUUCAGUAUUUGAAAAUAAAUCUAUCACUUGACAUCGAGUCAUUGAAUCAGUUAUUAGUACAUCUACCACAUUUGAAGUCAUUGAAUAUUAAGCUAACGAAAGAGACCAAAAAUCCGGUAAACCACAUGUAUGAUACACCACUCACCACUUGUAUAGAAACUGAUAUAAUCAUUUUGACUAUCGAACUGUGUUCUUACACAGCAAUUACAUUCGAUGAUAUUCAGGAAUGUGUAAAAUCGGUUCCAAAAUUAAAAAACUUCAUUAUCACCGGUAUUGUUACUGAUCGACAAUUUUUCGAUGGCCAACGAUGGAAACAAUUGAUUGACACUCGUCUACCUAAUUUGGAACAAUUUCAAUUCCUAUUCACCAUUUAUAAAUAUGAGAUUACAAAGCUCAAUGUCACAUCGUUUGAUACAUGGCAUCGAGUACAAUGUGACUCAAAUCAGCAUGUAACAUCAAUUUAUACAUUACCAUAUGCGUUUCACAACCAAGAAUUAUCGUUAUCCUUUCAAUUAAUAUCACCAACAACGAAACGAAACGACUAUUCACGAGUUCGUCAAUUACGUUUUGUAUCGACGAACAACGCUACUGACGAACAAUCAAUAGUAGGAAAUCGUUAUUAUCCAAAUAUCGACACACUCAUCCUAUGGAAAAUAUCUCCGUAUCUGUCAUCUUUGAAUGAACUUUCCAAUUUGAUUGUUUUGGACACUAUCCGACACCUGGAUAUUGGCUACUAUGCAGGCGAUAUUCAAAUUCAUUUGGACUUACUGCGACAAAUAUCAAAAAAUUUACAUUCAUUAACCAUACGAAAUUAUGAUCUAUUAGAUGAACUAUGGAUACCUGCUAAUAUUCAAUCAAUAUCUUCUAAAACAAUAAAAGUAUUAUCAUUACAUUUCACUUACUCCGACGUCAAAUAUAUCAAAUAUUUUUAUCAACUCUUUCCCAAUCUAGAAGAGUUGUCGGUUAUUGUACUGACAUUGAAUGAUAUACGCUGUGUAGUGAAAUCGAUGAAAAAUUUAAUUUGGUUAAAAUUGAAAUGUAAAGAACUAAAUGAAAUGGCAAAUAAGGAUAUUACACAAUGGUUGAAAUCAUCAAGGCUGUUGAAAGCUGUUAAAAAUCUGAGUCAUCCUAUUAAAGAUGAAAUUCAUUUAUGGUUGAAAUAA